AUGUCUGUUUCUCUCUUUUUUUUUUGCUUGUUUCUUGAUUUCUUUCCCUUACCUGAGACUUCACGUUUUCAGCAUCACCGAAAUCAUCGAACGAUCCCCUGCACCCCCCCCGGGUCGGAUUUCCACCAACUAUUUUACCAGAUAAUCUAUCGAUACAAACAUCCUUCCUUCCGUCUUUCCUUCCUUCCUUCCAUUCUUUCUUUCUUUCUUUCUCCAUUUCCUUUUCUUUUUCUUUUUUCCUUCAUUUCUUUCUCGCAUCUUUUUGCGGGAUACAUUUCUUUCUUUCUUUCUUUUAUUAUUGGUACAAAUAUCCUUCCUUCCGUCUUUCCUUCCUUCUUUCCAUUCUUUCUUUCUUUCUUUUCCAUUUCCUUUUUCUUUUCUUUUUUUCCUUCAUUUCUUUCUCGCAUCUUUUUGCGGGAUACAUUUUUUUCUUUUCUUUCUUUUUAUUAUUGGGACAAAAACCUUUUUUUCUUUCUUUUUUUUUCUUUAUUUUUCUUUCAUUUCGUUCGAUUGAUAUCUGAGUCAGUACAAACAUCCUUCCUUCCGUCUUUCCUUCCUUCCUUCCAUUCUUUCUUUCUUUCUCCAUUUCCUUUUCUUUUUCUUUUUUCCUUCAUUUCUUUCUCGCAUCUUUUUGCGGGAUACAUUUCUUUCUUUCUUUCUUUUAUUAUUGGUCAGUACAAACAUCCGUCCUUCCGUUUUUCCUUGCUUCCUUCCAUUCUUUCUUUCUUUCUCCAUUUCCUUUUCUUUUUCUUUUUUCCUUCAUUUCUUUCUCGCAUCUUUUUGCGGGAUACAUUUCUUUCUUUCUUUCUUUUUUUAUUAUUGUCAGUACAAACAUCCUUCCUUCCGUCUUUCCUUCCUUCCUUCCAUUCUUUCUUUCUUUCUCCAUUUCCUUUUCUUUUUCUUUUUUCCUUCAUUUCUUUCUCGCAUCUUUUUGCGGGAUACAUUUUUUCUUUCUUUCUUUUUAUUAUUGGGAGAAAAACCUUUUUUCCUUUAUUUUUCUUUCAUUUCGUUCGAUUGAUAUCUGAGUCAGUACAAACAUCCUUCCUUCCGUCUUUCCUUCCUUCCUUCCAUUCUUUCUUUCUCCAUUUUCUUUUUUUUUUUUUCCUUCAUUUCUUUCUCGCAUCUUUUUGCGGGAUACAUUUCUUUCUUUCUUUCUUUUAUUAUUGGAGGACAUCAAUCCUUCUUUCUUUCUCUCUAAUAUUUUUGGGAGAAAACAUUUUAUUCUGUUUCUUUUUUUUUCUCUCUUUUUUCUUUCUUUCUUUCUUUCUUUUUUUAUAUCUUUUGGAGAAAAUAUGUCUUUUUUUUCUUUUUUCUUAUAUCAUUCUGGAGACCACAUUAUUUCUGUCUUUCUUUCUCUUUUUAGAGAAAAUCAAUCAUUCUUUAAUUCUGAUAUUUUGGGGGAGAAAACAUUUCGUUCUUUUUUCUUUCUUUUUCGCGUUUUUUCUUUCUUUUUUGCUUCUUUCUUUAUCUUUCUUUUUUUCUUUCAGAUGCCUUUUCGGAGGAAAUCGAUCUUUUUUCUUAUAUAACGUUGGAGGUUAUAUUUCUGUCUGUUUCUUUCUUUCUCAUAUCUUUUUCGUCAGCUUCAAUCUUUCUUUCUUUCGUUCUUUCUCUCUGAUCAUUUUGGAGAAGAACACUUUUCUUCCUUUAUUUUCUGAUAUAACACAUUUCUUUUUUCGCAUUUCUUACUUACAUUCUUCCUUUGUUUUUCACUUUGACAACAGAAAUGUCAACCAGCAGAUGGUCAGAAAUGAAGUGUUCAAAUCUAUCUAUCUAUCUAUCUAUCUAUCUAUCUAUCUAUCUAUCUAUCUAUCUCAGUCUGUUCUUAUCUAUCUAUUAUUUUCUUUCUUUCUUUCUUUCUUUCUUUCUUUCUUUCUUUGUGAAUGUGUCGAACGCUGUUUUUGCUUGUGUUUCGACGGCGUCGUCUGCUUUAUCUAUCUAUCUAUCUAUCUAUCUAUCUAUUUGAAUGACUCUCUAUCUUUUGUCAUUUAUUCUUCAUUCUUCAACCUCAGUUUCGUAUUUUUCACUUACAAUCUAUCUAUCUAUCUAUCUAUCUAUCUAUCAUAUGAUGUUCAUUAUCUAUCUAUCUAUCUAUCUAUCUAUCUAUCUAUCUAUCUAUCAUAUGAUGUUCAUUAUCUAUCUAUCUAUCUAUCUAUCUAUCUAUCUAUCUAUCUAUCUAUCUAUCUAUCUAUCUAUCUAUCAUAUGAUGUUCAUUAUUUAUCUAUCUAUCUUUCAUAUGAUGUUCAUUAUCUAUCUAUCUAUCUAUCUAUCUAUCUAUCUAUCUAUCUAUCUAUCUAUCUAUAUAUAUAUAUGAUGUUCAUUAUCUAUCUAUCUAUCUAUCUAUCUAUCAUAUGA